AACACACAUUUGAUAACUUUACCUUUCAUCAUUCAAUACCAUGGCUGAAGCAAUUGUUUCUUUUGUCUUGAAGCAACUGGGUUCAAUUCUUUCUGAGCAGGCGUCUGGCUUCAUCAAAAAACAAGUGACCCUUGUUGGGGAUGUUGAAGAAGAAGUUGACAAGCUUACCCGCCACCUUCGAGCCAUUCAAGCUGUGCUAUUUGAUGCAGAGCAAAAACAAAUGAAGGAAGAAGCUGUGAGAGUAUGGUUACAUCGGCUGAAAGACGCAUGCUAUGACGUGGAAGAUGUGUUGGAUGAGUGGAAUACUGCAAUCCUGAAAUUGCGAAUUGAGGGAGGUCAUGAUCACAAUGCUCUUGCUCCAAAGAAGAAGGUGUGUUGCUUCUUUCCAUCUCCUUGUCUUGGUUUCAAAGAAGUUGUUUUACGUCGCGACAUUGCAGUUAAGAUAACUGAUAUAAAUAAAAAGCUAGAUGUUAUAGCCAAAGAGAAAAGUGAUUAUAAUCUUAAUGUGAUUAUGGCUACUGAGAGGUCUGAUAAUCAACAAAUGCAAACUACUUCUUUUAUUGAUGUGUCUGAUAUAAUUGGUAGAGAUAAUUUGAAGAAUGAUUUAGUAAGCAAGUUACUGUGUGAGGGUAGUGAACAAAACCUCCAUAUCAUCUCACUUGUAGGGAUGGGGGGAAUUGGAAAAACAGCUCUUGCCCAAUUUGCCUACAAUAAUAAUGAGGUGAUGAAAACAAUUGACAAAAGAAUUUGGGUGUGUGUAUCAGAUCCUUUUGAUGAGUUUAGAGUUGCCAAAGCGAUCAUUGAGUCUCUGGAAGGUCAUACUCCUAAUGUAGCUGAAUUAGAAUCCCUUCUUCAAUGUAUUUGUGACUCAAUUAAGAAUAAAAAAUUUCUGCUCAUUUUAGAUGAUGUGUGGACUGAAAAUUACAAGAAAUGGGAACCAUUCUAUCAUUGUUUAAAGAAUGGUUCUCAUAGAAGUAAAAUUUUAAUUACCACACGUAAAGAGUCGGUUGCACGUAUGAUGAAUUCAAAUGAUAUUAUCAAUGUUGGUGAAUUGUCUUAUGAUGAAAAUUGGUUAUUGUUUAGAAAGCUAGCUCUUUCUGAGAGAUCUCCUCAUGAGUAUGAAAAUUUAGAAGAAAUUGGUAAGAAAAUAGUUUGUAAGUGCAAGGGGUUACCUCUUGCUACAAAAACUAUUGGAAGUCUCUUACGGUUAAAAAAAUCUAAAGACCAAUGGGAACAUGUUUUAGGUAGUGAACUAUGGAAGUUGGAGAAUGUUGAAAAAGGUCUUUUAACCCCUUUGAUGUUGAGUUAUAAUGAUUUACCUCCAAUGGUAAAACAAUGUUUUAUAUAUUGCUCUAUAUUUCCAAAAGAUUAUGAGCAUAAGUCUAAAGAUCGGUUGAUUGAUUUUUGGAUGGCUCAAGGUUAUCUUGGGUUAGAAAAAAAUGAUGAGAAUGAGGAGAUAAUUGGUAAAGAGUAUUGUGACUAUUUACUGACAAGAUCUCUUUUACAAGAGAAUAAAUCUUGGUCUUUGUCUUAUAAGAUGCAUGACAGUUUACAAGAGAAUAAAUCUUGGUCUUUGUCUUAUAAGAUGCAUGACAUAGUGCACGAUUUUGCACAAUUUUUGGGUAACAAUGAAUGUUUAUCUGUAGAAGUCCAUGGUGUUGAAGACCCACUUACAAACUCUUCUCAUGACAAAGUUCGUCAUCUAAUGUUAACUCUUAAUGGAGUUGGGGCUUCAUUUCCUGAAUCUACUUAUAGAUUAAAAUGGUUGCGUAGUCUAUUAUUUACAUGUCAUACUUUUGACACCGAAAGCUUGACAAGUGAUGUUUUGGCAAGGUUGUUUACUGAAUUGACAUGUUUACGGUUAUUAAAGUUGAAAGCUAAAUUUAAUUUUGAAGAGAUUCCAAAAGAGAUAGGAAAAUUGAUACAUUUAAGAUAUCUUCAAUUGCAUGACCAACGUCGGGACCACAAAAUAAAAUUACCUGAAAGUUUGUGUGAAUUAUAUAAUUUACACACUUUCGAAUUAUGGAAAUGUUUGGUCGAAACAUUGCCUCAAGGGAUUGAAAAUUUGGUAAAUUUGAGGCGUCUUGACUUUCCAACCUUUUUUCGUACACUACUUUACAUGCCAAAAGGGGUUGAGAAAUUAACAGGUCUUCGAAGAUUAAGUGAAUUCGUCAUACCAGGUGGUGGUGAUCAUGAUAACAAAGCUUGUAGUUUUGAAGGACUGGAAAAUUUGAAUCGUCUCGAAGGGAGACUUAAAGUAAGAGGGUUGGGAAAUUUAACAGAUGUGAGCGAUGGUAAACUGACAAACGUAUUUAAGAACAAGGAAAAACUCGACCGGUUGGAUUUGGAAUUUUAUAAAAGUGAAGAGGAGGAGAGAUUAGGUGAGGAUGAUGAACUAAUACUCAAAACCUUACAACUGCCGCCAAAUUUAGAGAAUUUAUGGAUAUCCCGCUACAGAGGCAACACAGUACCCUCCACUAAUUGGAUGACUUUAACCAAACUAAAGGUGUUAAGACUUGAGCGUUGCUCCAACUGUAAGCACUUGCAUCAUUUGGGAAAUUUGCCAUUCCUUGAAAUGCUACGGUUAAUAGAGAUGUCCAGUGUGAAAAAAGUGGACGAUGAUUUUUGGGGAAUCGAAAGUGAGACCUCAUCAACAUCUUCAUUGUGCGUUCACUUUCCCAAGUUGACAGAAUUCAACUUUUGGAACACGAGAGAAUGGGAAGAAUGGGAUUGCAAGGUAGAGGAAUUCAUGCCAUGUCUUGCUAGCUUGAUUAUUGUACGCUGCCCCAAGUUAAAGGCGCUGCCAGACCGCCUUCUGCAGAGGACAACACUCAAGCAAUUGGUUUUUAUUGAAAGUCCUAUUCUAACUGAACGAUACAACAAGGAAACAGGAGAGGACUGGCCCAAGAUCUCUCACGUCCCUUCUAUCGGGAUCGAUGGUUAGCGUGUGCAAGAUGAGCAAUAACCAUCACUUGAGGAGCCACAGCCUCUGAAGAAAUUUCCAUUCUGGUUUCUGAUUGAGGCUAAUCUUGUAUUCCCAAGGAAGCAAUGAAACAAGGAAGGAGGUUAUUGGUAAUUGAUACUCUAUAUAGUUAUUUAAUGCUUCAUUUCAAAUGUUGUACUUGAUAAUGAUUAAUGUUACAGGGAAGGGGAAGGUUCACUUUAUAUGGUUACAAUGUAACCUGUUUGAUUUCUGCUUUGAUAUCCCAUGUCUUUGGGAAGAUUUGCAGUUUCCAUGUUCAUCAGUUAUUCUUUCCCCCAAACAAUGAUGGGAGGUGAGAAAAUAGAACUGGAUACUGCUACCUGCUACCUUUCCCGAUCAAUGGCAGUUUAUAAAUUAUGCAGCUUUUGUGUGAUGUAUAUUCUCCAACGAGAUUCUACUGAGGCUUGCUUUCCAUCUUCUGAGUUCAAUUUUCAUUGGAGUUUGUUGAACUUUGGUUGGCCUAAAUAGAUGCAUGUCUAAUCAACCGAGGAAUACUCGAUUAGGACUAUUGCCCCAAAUUUCUUCAACCAGAACACUCCAAGGCUUAAAUGUUGAAAGGUGUUUUGAAUCGCUAAGACAAAUGAGGUAUGCCCAUGCUUCAUAAGCCAAAACUUCUCCAAUCAGACAAACUGUGCUUCUCUCAUUAAAAAUGGUGGACACUUGUUUGUACAAGAAAGAUGGAGCUGGGAAACUUCUGCAACAGUGCCCCUGCCUCAGGUCCUGCUGCUGGCCUUCUGAUUCUGCCUCAUUUUUUCUUGCAUGCUUGUCCAGCGAAUUUCUUCUGGGAACCGUAUUUCAGCAACUGGAAGGUCUUUGAUCUACCUUUCCCCUUCAGAACUGGCUGCAAUUUUUGUAGGAUGGAGCAGACCUGGUUGGGCAGUAAGGACUGCAGGAUUUCUCCCAGCACUGGAAACUACCAUAACUUCACUUUCUGCACUCCCUUACACUUUCCAGGUUCCGUCAUCCCCAUCUGUAACUUUCUGGGCAGGAUUCCAAGCUUUUGCUACAGGACAUUGCUGCAACCUUCUGCAAUCUGUGACUUGUUGCUCUGGCUGGGAUCUCUGUUCAAUUGCACCCAGAAUAAAUUUUGUUCUCAGCAGUUGCAGACUCCCUCAUUCAAGAGACAUACUGGCCUGGUUAUGUUAAGUUGCUGCUACAACUGGAUUCACUUCUCUUUGUCGGCCACUGGUGGCACCCUCUACAAGCUUUAGCCUUCAAGAUGCUGUCUUCCAAACAAGCUGGUGCCUCAGAUCAUUUCCAGUGCCUAUAAUCUUUUCUGCCUGGUUUAUUCCCAAAUGCCCUGAGCAAUGUCAAUUGCCAGGAUAUCAGACUCAUGCCUGUUUUGUUUGCUAUUCACCAGGGUGUAGUUCAUAGUUUGUAUAGCACUAGAUUUGGACUAGCAUAUCAUUUCCAUGUUAUGUUUUUGGUAUUUGUGUCGCUGUUUGCUCUUGUUGGACUCUCUUUUUUAUCUCUAUCUCUGGAGGAACUCUGAUAGACAUUUAAAAGAAGUUGCCCUCUUUCUGUA